GAUAUUUCACAGACCAAGGAAAACCAGCCUUUGAAAAAUCCGUGGUCACCUGUGGAUCCAAGGCUAUCCUCGCUCUCCAUGUAAGCUCUCCAUUCUACCUUCGUUGCAGUACGAACGGAAAUGAUUGGCAAACCACGUUCACGAUUCCGAUCGAUCGACUCAACAGCCAUUCUGUAUCUAGCUAGCACUGAAACAAGCUUUACUGACAACCAAUGAAAAUCUCCGAAUUUUCGAAACUUACCAAUCAGCGAACAGUUUUUAAUCGCCAUGAGUGUCAGCAAUUGGAGCAGCAGUAGCAGCGACCAGGACGAUGACACGGCGUGGUCUCGUGCGCGGCUCGCAGAGGAAGGUGUGGCAUACCGCGUUGUAAACGUUCUUGGCAGUGGCUUUGUCAACGACCGGGUCGACAUCAAGAAACUCGCGCUGCUCGUGCGCAAUGCCGACUACGCACCUCGAGGGUUUAGCGCGUUGGUCAUGCGCUUCCAGGCUCCUCGCGCGACAGUGUUGCUGUACAGGAGUGGAAAGUUUGUAGUGAUCGGCGCCACGAGUGUAGCAGAUGCCAAGCUUGCUGCAGAGAAGCUAAUCUCCAUAUUGAAGAAAGUGUCGUUCCCGAGCGACAGCAGUCCAUUCACUAUUCGUAACGUGGUCGGGGCGGCGGACGUUUGCUUUAGAAUUCGUCUGGAAGGUUUGGCACGAGACCACCUUCGCUUUAGCACGUACGAGCCAGAGUUAUUCCCAGGGCUUAUCUACCGCAUGCUGCGCCCCAAGUGCACCUUAUUAAUCUUCAUAUCCGGCAAAAUCGUUAUCACUGGAUGCGAGUCUUCUGCAGACGGAGAACGAGCGCUUGGAACAAUGUAUCCUGUACUACUACAGUAUCGUCUUCGCGACGACGGAUCCGAAGAGGAGGAUGACGGAGAUGACUCGAUGGACGGUGGAUCAACUUUUAUUUAACGCAUUGCAAACAACAGACCCAACUUACAGCUAUCCAGCACAUCAAAGUGUCAUUUUCUGGUGGAGAUUUCUAAUGGUAAUUGACUCUCGAUAGCUGCAGCCCAUUUCACCCAGUUCCCAAGAAAAAACGGAAAUACAGUAACUAAACGAAGCACUCGAUCGUGCAAACUAACGAGUCCUCAGGUCACUUCUACGUGUCACUUGAUGACAUCCAUGCAAUAAUGUCAGCGAGUGCCUAUCAUCUACGUUC